AUGAGAGGAGUCAACCGGUUGGUGCUCACUGCCUUUGCAGCUUCUCGGAGAGCCAUCCAACCAACAGCAGGUGUCAGAAUACAAGGAAGUCUUAUGGCUCGUGCCUUUUCCAGCAGUGAGCAGCACUACACCAUUGGAUUGACUGGAUCGGGUGGCUUGGUGGGAAAAGCCGUCUUGAAUGAGAUUCGUCAACGGGAAACCCUUCAGGGUAAACCCAUUCGAGUGAUUUGUCUUGUCCGCGGUGACAAGGCAGAAGCACCUACGGGAGGUGACACUUUGGUUUGGAAUCCCACCGGCGCAGCGGCAGACGAUGUCUUGCACCCACAAGCCGUGGCCGAAAUGGAUGCCAUUGUACACUUGUCGGGCGAAAAUGUCAGUACGGGCCUCGGUCCACUGGGAUUUUUAGGCAUUCGGCCGUGGACGGACCAGAAAAAGGCCGAGAUUGUGAACUCCCGAGUGGAAACGACUACGGCACUCUCCAAAGCGGUGGCAGCAGCAGCUGACAACAAGAACAAACCCAAGACGUUCCUGGUAGCUUCGGGGGUUGGCGUAUAUGGUGACAAGUUUAUUGGUGAUAGCUUGGAAGCGGCAGACGAAUCCGCCAAUGUCGAUGGAGUGGAUGGUUUCUUGGCGCACGUGUCUCGUGAAUGGGAAGGAGCCACGGAGGAAGCUGUGAAAUCUGGAAAGCAUCGUGUUGUGAAUAUGAGGUUUGGUGUGGUCAUGUCGAAGAAAGGAGGAGCACUGCAGAAGCUCUAUCCAGUCUUUUUGUUGGGCGGCGGCGGCCGCAUCGGUGGUGGUCAACAAUACUUUUCCUUCAUUAGCGCCCGCGACAUUGCCCGGGCAAUUCUCCACACACUGGAAACUCCAUCGUUGGAAGGGCCGGUCAACUUUUGCGCCCCCCAUCCCUGCACCAAUUUGGAAUUCACCAAAGCUUUGGGAUCGGUUCUGAGGCGACCCACAAUCCUCCCGUUUCCAGGAUUCGCUGUGAAUCUUUUGUUUGGUGAAAUGGGGGAAGAAAUGCUCCUCGGUGGAGUUAGAGUGGUGCCCAGUAAACUGUUGGACAGUGGUUUUGAGUUUCUCCAUCCGACAAUCAACAGUGCAUUACAGAGUGCCAUGGACGAGGAUAUCUAA